UGGUCCAAUCCUCAAAUCUACAGAUCCAUCAUCCAAGCCGGCCUCAGAUAGACUCCAUCCCACCGCGCUGAGCUCCAAGCAGCCGGCCAUGUCGUCGGCCUCACACGCCGGCGCCGGCGGCCGGCGCAUCACCAUCAGGUCCAUCUCCUGCCGCGGCGUCAGGUCCUUCGUCCCGUUCCAGAAGCCACCGCUCUACGCCGCGGUAUCCCUCGGCGGCCGCAGGGAGGAGACGCCACCUGAUCCCAACGGCGGCGAGAACCCAGACUGGGACGGCGCGGUGCUCGCGUUUGACAUCGACGGAGAUGGGCAGGCGCAGCUGUUGCAGAUCGAGGUGAAGGCGCAGGUGCCGUUCCUCGGCAACAAGCUCGUCGGCACGGCCGGCGUGCCAGUCGCGGGCCUGGCGGCCGGAGGACGAGGAGGCGACGGCGCAUCGCUGCGGCACGUCAGUUACCAGGUGAGCGCCCCCGAUGGCAAGCCCAACGGUACGCUCAGCUUCGCCUACGCCAUCAGCGGAGCCGCCGGUGGCGUGCGUCCGCAGCCGCAGAUCUACCCGGUGCCCGACGGCGCGCAGCCGGAGCAAAAUCCAAGCCUUUUCUGCGCGCCUCCUCCGAGCGCGGCGUAUCCAGCUCCAGCGACGGCAAAUUUUGCGCCGCACAGCGGCGGCUACCCGCUGCCGCCACCGCCAGUGUCCGCUUCUCUCUACCCGCCGUUGCAAGACUUGUUUCCUUCGAACAGCUACCCUUCGCCGCCGCCGCACCCUAUGAGGACGAAUCCACACUUUGCGGCGCCAAACAGCAGCAGCUACCCACCGCCGGCGGCGCCUGUCACAACAUACCCACCCGCACCGGCCUCAUGCACAGCUUGUCCGGCGCCUCCGGCACAGUACAUCACCAGCUACCCGCCUCCACCGCCGACCAACUACCCGCCGCCACCGCCGAGCGGCUACCCACCACCGGCGUUCAAUUUGGCCCCUCCGACCAGCACCUACCCGCCGCCACCGCCGAGCGGCUACCCACCACCGGCGUCCAAUUUGGCCCCUCCGACCAGCACCUACCCGCCGCCGCCGCCGCCGGACUCAGGCUCGACGUACCCAGUACUACCGAGCACAGUAGACCGUGCACUGCCGUACUACCCGCCGCCGCCGGACGCGGCUAUCACCUACCCGCCGCCUCCCGGCGGCUCGUACUACCCUCUGCUGGGGACACAGCACCCCGAGCUCGACGGCGCUCCGCCGCCCGGGACUCGAUACUCCUAGGAGAAAUUCGGCAGAUUAGUCUACAAUCUUGUGAAUUGUGACGGCGAUGUUGCCAAGACUGCUGCGCCAGUUCGCGCGCGCCAUGACUAUGUUGCUGUUAGCUGCUUGUGAGUGAACUUCCAUUUUCUUUUUCUUUUUGAAACAAGACUGAAUGCUAUAGCCAAGCUAAUAAGUAGCAGAGAGUGAGUUGGUAGCGGAUUGGUGUUGGGUAGCAGAUUAUAGAUAUCGGACGAUAUUGUGGAUGUAAAGUUCCAAUAGCGGAAUUUAAAAAUUACUUACAAUAUUGAGUAAAGAUCAUGAUAUUUGACUUAAUAA